CUGUGAAUGCUGGGAGAACAACAUCCAUGGAAGACAUUUUGGAUAUCAAAAGGAGUUCACUGUGUUUGCUGGAAUAAGAAUCUAUAUUGGAAUCACCAUUUUCCAUUGCGGUCGCCCUAAUAUAAACGUAAUUAUAAUGUACCGGCAAAGGGUUUGUUUGUCAUUCGUACGCGAUGAAAUGGAAUCGUUCUUUUAAUAAUCCCACGUAUUUAUCUCAAACCAUAUCGUCGCAGGUAUAUCAGAAUUUUGUUGUUGGGAUAGGUUUUCUGCUAUUGCUGUCCAGCAUUGUUUGUGUGCACAUCGAGAAAGCUAUAGUUCCUGCCUGUCUUACGAGGAAUUAUCCUGUUUAGCUUCUUAGCGUAUCUGGUCAAAGGUCCACCAGGCAAUGUCCACCAUGGUGUAUCCCAGGGAGGACCGUCUGGAGAAGUUGUCCCAGGAGGAGAUCAUCUCCAGCACCAAGCUGGUUAUCCAAGGCCUGGAGGCGCUGAAAAGCGAGCACAACUCCAUCCUGCAUAGCCUGUUGGAGACCAUCCGCUGCCUGAAGAAGGAUGAAGAGGCCAACCUGGUGCAUGAGAAAUCCAGUUUGCUGCGAAAAUCGGUGGAGAUGAUUGAGCUUGGAUUGGGCGAGGCGCAGGUGAUGAUGGCCCUUUCUGCCCACCUGAACACGGUGGAGUCUGAGAAGCAGAAGCUGCGCGCUCAGGUUCGCCGUCUCUGCCAGGAGAACCAGUGGCUGCGGGAUGAGCUGGCGGGCACCCAGCAGAAACUGCAGAAGAGCGAGCAGAGCGUGGCCCAGCUGGAGGAGGAGAAGAAGCACCUGGAGUUUAUGAACCAGCUGAAGAAAUACGAUGAGGAUGUGUCUCCAGCUGAGGAGAAAGAUGGAGAACCUCCUAAAGACACUCUGGACGACCUCUUUCCCAAUGAGGAGGAGGACAGCAGUCAAGGAAUGCCACACCAGCAUAACAGUGCAGCAGUGGCUGCAGCCCAGCAGGGUGGUUACGAGAUCCCAGCCCGCCUGAGGACACUCCACAACCUGGUGAUCCAGUAUGCUUCCCAGGGCAGGUACGAGGUGGCAGUUCCCCUCUGCAAGCAGGCUCUGGAGGACCUGGAGAAGACAUCCGGACACGACCACCCUGACGUUGCCACCAUGCUCAACAUUCUGGCCCUGGUCUACAGGGACCAGAACAAAUACAAGGAGGCGGCUCAUUUGCUCAAUGACGCAUUGUCUAUCCGUGAGAAAACUCUUGGGAAAGACCACCCGGCGGUUGCUGCGACACUGAACAAUCUGGCAGUGUUGUUUGGCAAGAGGGGGAAGUAUAAGGAAGCUGAGCCACUUUGCAAGAGAGCUCUGGAGAUAAGAGAAAAGGUGCUGGGCAAGGACCACCCUGAUGUGGCAAAGCAGCUGAACAACCUAGCCUUGCUUUGCCAGAACCAGGGCAAGUACGAAGAAGUAGAGUACUACUACUGCCGUGCACUGGAGAUCUAUGAGCGCAGGCUGGGCCCUGAUGACCCCAACGUGGCCAAGACCAAAAACAACCUGGCUUCGUGUUACUUGAAGCAGGGGAAGUACAAGGAGGCAGAGAUUCUUUACAAAGAGAUCCUCACCCGUGCUCAUGAGAAGGAGUUUGGAUCCGUGGAUGCUGAGAACAAGCCAAUAUGGAUGCAUGCCGAGGAGCGUGAGGAAAGCAAGCAAAGCAAAGAGGGCUACGGAGAUUAUGGCGGCUGGUAUAAAAACUGCAAGGUGAACAGCCCCACUGUCAACACCACGCUGCGUAAUCUGGGAGCUCUGUACCGUCGGCAAGGCAAAAUUGAAGCCGCGGAGACCCUGGAGGAGUGUGCGUUAAGGUCCCGAAAACAGGGUGUGGUGGAGGUCCAGAAGGAUGGAGACAGGAGAAGGAGCAGGGAGAGUCUGAGCAGUGUCAAAUAUGAGAGUGCCUCUGAGGCUGGGGAGGAUGGCAGUGUGGACUGGAACGGGGCCUAAAUCAGCAGGAUAACCUUCUUGACACCACUCUCCUCAACCAAUCAAGUCACUGCAGUCGAUUCAAAAUGGAUGCCCCUUGUCGAUUCCUCCAUGGAAAUCUCUUCUUAUCUCUUAUGCAGGACACCUCCUUCCUGCCCACUUCCAAUUCCAUCUCAAAACUAAUUUACCCGUACUCAGUCUCUCUGUCUCUGCUUCUUCCCCCGCUCUUAUCUGGCAUUUUCUUUCUCCCUCUCUCUAGAUAUCUCGCUCACAUCCUCAUAUCUCAUCGUGAUGCAUCAUCUGCCUUUGUUUCACCAUCCCUCCCCCUCUUUUUCUCAAUCACUUCUAUGGUACAUUUUAGGGAUCUAACGGUACAUAUUCUAACCAAACCUCAGAAGGGGACAGCUCGGUUCAGUCUGCUCUGUGAAAACAUUGGCAAAACAUUUCUUUAAAAAUGCGAACAAAAACAAAAUGGGAGGGAACUACUUUUAUUUGUAAUGAAUAUAUAUUUUUAUGUUUAAAUGGUCACAGUGCAGACUGAGCCACCCAGUGACAUGGUCUGGUAGAAAAGCAUGUACCACUACAUCCAUAUUCCACUCUUAUUAGUUUGUCAUUUGGUCUAUGGAACAAUGGAAACAAGUAUCAAAGCUUUGAAUUUGUCUAUUUGCUUUUCCCUCUCUCUUGCUUGUAUGCAACUAUUAUAUGAUAUUUGUAAUGGCAUUAAUGAUUAUUCAGCUAGCAAAUGAGGCUGAAUUUGUAUCCUGUUUGAAUUUUAUUGUAAUCCUGCUAUAGAAGUAUUCAACAGUGCAGAGCAACUAGCUACAACAGUGUUUUAUUUUUCUGAUAUCUGACCAGGAUUUUACUGCCUAGGUGCCUUUUUUUAUUUUCAAUUAUUUUGUUAACUUGCAACAUGUUUUCAGCGUGACCAUUACCCUUGUAAAAUAUCUUUGCAUACUUUUAUGUUACAUGGGAACCUAAAUAGGAAAUGUAAGAAAAGAAAAGAAAUAUUGUGACAUUAUUAUAAUGAUUCUUGGUCAUGUUACUACUUACAAGCACCUUCUGAGUUUACUUAUUGAUUUUCUGAUUUGUUUUAUUGACAACGGAGAUCUAUGUAUUUUUUAUUCCUCUCAUUUUAUGUUUACAUUUGUAAAAAAAAAAUAUAGGUCAUAUUUCUAAUGUUUUUUUCCAUGGCCAUGUGGCUGUAAGAAGUUGUUGAAUAUUUUAAGCUACUAUGAUAGUCAUGUAGCCACAGGUUCAGGAAUGAUGGUGGUGUCAGUGCCUAUCACAUUGACUUUAAAGAGAAACCACUUGGUAGUUGUGGUGUCAGAUAUUUGGAUUUUGAAUUUUAAUGGUAUUUUGCAACUUGCUUCUCAAAAGCUACAGCUUAUUUAAAUGGAUUUUCUCUGGAAACAAAAGAUAACCAUUUAAUAUAUUGAACUACCCAUUGAAAAUGUUCACACACCAGAAACGCAACUGUUAAUGGACUCUGCAGCACAAACUGUUUUUAUUUGACAUUGUGUUGUUUAAGCUUCUGAGUGAAAGGUCUGUUAUUUCUUUAAAGGUCAUUGGUCUGUGUGUUGUUCCUCCCACAGCUCUCCCUUUGUAGUUCCAGUUUUCUUAAAUCCUUAUCUCUUAAAAGCUUGCUUUACUCUCCCAGGAAAAACAGAAAUAAACUUAUGUCAGUUUGUGACACCUCUAUUAACAGCCAUGGCACAUGAAACAAAGGUCAGCUAUCUUGUCAGCCAACAACCUAGCUACCUUGUAACCUAGCUGUUCAUUAGCUACAUGUUAUACAUUGACACCAAAUUUUAGGGAUAACUUUGCCAGCUUUCGAUAAGGGUUAUAUUUUAGAUGCAAUCAUAUUGUGAGGCCAUGCUGAACAACGUUAUGUUAACUGAGUAUUAAAUGUUUUCAACACUAGUUUAAACUGUGCUCACUGAUUUCCCAUAUUUCAGUCAGAAGAAGGGAGCAAUGUAUUUUAGCGUGAACAUAUCUAGUAGUGACAAACCCUCUAGCUAGUCAGUCUUCUCAGUAUUAGCCAACACCACCAAAUGGAAAUGACCUGUAUUCAACGUAUGCCUCGACUCUUGAAGACACUUUGACCUUGUGUAACUCCUUUAUAAUCAGUGCAGGUAUAUACUUGAUUACAUAUUGUGCAUUUGCAGAUAUUGGUUUAAAAGAAAGUGCAUGUGCGAUAUCAAAACAUAUGCACUACCUUGAGAUUAUACUUUGAAAUAGUUAAAGUAUAGUUGUUGUAUAGGUAGAAGUAACCACAGUAUUGUAACCACGUGAAAAUGCAAUUGCCAUGUCUAUGUGACAUUUCUGUCCUUGUAAAGAAGCUUCACCAAUGUUGCUAACCUUCUGGAAAAGCAGCAGCAGCAGUAGUAGAGCCAAAGCAGUAAUGGUGGAGCUUGCCAAUUCGGAGACACACUGGGUUUUCCAGCUAGUUAGGCCUACGUAGUGGAGGAUUGAACUGUGUCACAUUAGUGCUAAUCCUGUCCCGGUGUUGUGUAUGCACACCAACUUCGCUUUGUUCCAGUGUUAUGGAUGUGUCUCUUAACCUUGUUUGACACUGACUGAAAAUAAAGACUCAUUUUGAGCACCC